UCUUUACGUCACGUCCGUCUCUUUCAACAUCGCGCCACCGCCGCUCAUAAAGGGUUUUUGUCAGACGCAAACUUCAUUGUUCAACUUUGGAUCAUCGUGAAAUUCAAACUCCACGAUGUCCGACAAAAUAAACAUGUCCUUGGAUGACAUUAUCAAGCUAAAUAAGAAAGGAGGCUCUGGAGGAGGUGGGCGCCGCGGACCGUCCAAAGUACCACAGCGGGGAAGUUCAGGGCGAACCGGCGGCCGACCGAACAACACUUUCAGGCGGAACAACAGGCCCGCACCGUACACAAGGCCAAGAGAACUACCAGACAAAUGGCAGCAUGACAAAUUUGAAGAAAGUUUUGGUGGCUCGAGGAGACAAGUUUCUGCAGGAAGAGCUGUGGAGAGUGGCUGCAAACUGCUCAUUUCCAAUCUAGACUUUGGUGUUUCUGAAUCAGAUAUCCAGGAGCUUUUUGCAGACUUUGGGGAGCUGAAAAAAGCAUCAGUACAUUAUGACCAAUCUGGAAGGAGUAAAGGAACAGCAGAAGUCAUCUUUGUAGAUAAAGCAGAUGCCUUAAAAGCAAUGAAGCAGUACAAUGGCGUCCCACUUGACGGUCGACCAAUGAAAAUCCAGCAUGUGGUGGAGGCACAAGAAGAAAGAGUUGCAUCAAGAGGCUUUGACAGAAGCAGACUCGGGCAGGCAAAAUUUGAGAGGCCUGAGAGGAGGCGAGGUGGUGGUGGAGGAACUGGUCGUCGCGGAGGUGGCAGUAGCAGCAGAGGUGGAGGACGCAGUGAGAAAAAACCACAACUUUCAGCAGAAGAGCUCGAUGCCCAGUUGGAUGAGUACAAUGCCAAGUUCCAGAUGGACACCAGCUAAACUCACUCAGGAAAACCUUUGAGCAGUUUUUACAUUUUACUUUUUUAAUCUUUUUAUUUGGGGGGUCUUAGAUUUUUGUACAUAGUUCAGAUCUAUUGUAUGUGCACCACAGAUAUUGUAUAUUGAUGGUUUCCAUGGAUGUUUAUUACUCUUGUUUUACAAGCUCUUUACUAUUAAUGUGAAUAAUUGCAGUAAGCAUUAUUUUACCAUGGUUUUUCAAGUGUUGUGAAGCAGGGCUGUAUGGACUCAUGAAUGCCAUUGUAACUGGUUGUAUUUGUGACUCAUGUACAUUUUUAUUUUU